CCGUCUCUGCUGCCUCUUCUGUUACAGCUCAGCGAUCGAGUUACGUGGUCGGGGAAAUGUUGCAGCAUGAGAGAGGGAGAGAAGGAGAGAGAGGGAGACUGCAGCAUCGCUAGAGACUGAGGCAGCAGCAGCAGUUCCGAGCAGUGCAGGUGAGAAGGGGAGAGAGAAAAAUAGAAAAUAGUAAUUAACAAGAAGCAGAGAAGGAGGAGGAGAAAGAAGAGGAGGUGCUAGAGUGACUGAAUGCGGGACCCCUGGAAAAAGACGCAUCUACUCUCCGUCCGUCUCCGCUAAAGCCAUCCAUCCAUCCCCAGCGCGGACUUGACUCAUGCCGGGCAUCCCAACGAGAGAGCCUCUAAAAUUCAAAUUCAUGAGGAAUUUUUGAGCAGAAAGUCGCUUUUAAAGCCUCUCUCGUCCCUUCGCAACUUGCGUAAAGGAAUCUGACUGCUUGGCACGUUGCUCCACUGCGGGAAAAAGCAGCAAAGCGCAGCUGGAUUAGAAGUGGUGCAUUGCAGAAGUGAAAACAGCUACUUUCCCAAAUGUGACUGGAAUGAAACGAACUUACAGAUGGUGGUGUGAAGUGACAAAACCCCUCGCGUGAUAAUUGGAUACUUCCCUGAUUGAUCCAGAGGAAAAGUGAGAAGGAAGAGUGGAAUGGAUUAAUCACAAAGGGGGCUGGUGAAAUUUGAUUAUUUUUCCCCCAGCAGCGGAAUGGAUUUCUUAUACAUCUUUAUGGCUUGAACAGAAAAGCAAGACUGCGGAAUAUCUUAUUUUUUAUUAUUAUUAUAAAAGAAGUUGAAAAGCCACCACCGAGUGUGGGAGGAGAAUGAAAGGAAAGGAUCCUGCGCUGCUGAAGUGAACUACAGAGAGCGCAGAGAAGCAUUUACCCGGACCUCAGUCCGCAGAGAGCGAUAGAGAGAGAAGGUGAGGAAGGAUAAAUCAAAACACCCACGCUGAGCUCCACCAAACCACAAAACACCAAGAAACAAGAGGAGCCACCGCUGGGAAGCAGACGGCGGCUUUGGAGAGGCAGAAGGAGCCAUGCCGAGGCUUGGUGCAGUGCACUCCUCCGCGGCGCAGGCUCUCAGCCUCGUGGUCCUGGUGCUGCUGCAGCUGCUGACUCAGCUCCCCGGUGCCGACUCAGCUCUCCGGUACCGAGUGGCAGAAGAAGGCCCGCCUGAUGUCAAGAUCGGCAACGUGGCCACGGACCUGGGGCUCACCGCGGGCACGGGCAGCGGGGACGUCACCUUCGCUCUGGAGAGCGGCUCAGAAUUCUUUAAGAUUGACAACGUGACAGGUGAGCUGACAACCGGCCCGCGGCGCAUCGACAGAGAGAAGCUCCCGCAGUGCCAGAUGAUCUUUGAUGAAAACGAGUGCUUCUUAGACUUUGAAGUGUCAGUGAUAGGUCCACUGCAGAGCUGGGUAGACCUGUUUGAAGGCAGAGUUGUCAUAACGGACAUCAAUGACAACACACCUUCCUUCCCCUCACCUGUUCUGCAGCUCUCAGUAGAGGAGAACCGGCCAAUUGGGACCCUGUACCUGCUGCCCACAGCCACAGACAGGGACUUUGGACGAAAUGGCAUUGACCGGUAUGAGCUCAUCCAGGAUAAUGGAGCUGGGGCGAGUUCAACAAGACGCACAGCAGGAGGAAACCCCAUUACCAGGGUGGAUGGACUUGACCGGAGGGGUAGGAAUGGAGAUAAUGGAGGAGGAACUAGGAGCAGUGUGUUUGAGCUGCAAGUGGCAGAUAUACCAGAUGGUGAAAAGCAGCCACAGCUGAUUGUGAAAGGAACCCUGGAUCGUGAGCAAAAAGACUCAUAUGAACUGGUGCUCAAAGUUCGAGAUGGGGGGAACCCACCCCGUUCCUCCCAAGCCCUACUCCGUGUCUCUAUCACUGAUGUGAAUGACAACAGUCCCCAGUUUGAAAGGUCCACAUAUGAAGCUGAAAUGACAGAAAAUGCCCCUCCAGGUACACCUGUCCUUCAGGUUAGGGCUGCAGAUCGGGACAUUGGGGUCAAUGGGCAGGUGGAGUAUGUACUUGGAGCAGCCACUGAAAACGUCAGACGUCUCCUACGUCUUGAUGAGGCCACUGGUUGGUUGAGUGUUCUCCACAGGAUUGACAGAGAAGAAGUGGCCCAGCUGAAAUUCACCGUAAUGGCCAGGGACCGGGGUCAGCCUCCCCGUACCAACCGCACCACGGUGGUUCUGGGUGUCCGUGACGAGAAUGACAACGUCCCGGUGGUAGAAAUCAGAAAGAUCGGACGCAUCCUCGUCCGGGACGGAGCAGCGUUGGUGCCAGAGAAUGUUCUGGUGGACACACCUGUUGCCCUAGUUCAGGUAUCAGACCGAGACCAGGGGGAGAACGGGGCUGUGACAUGCACGGUUGUUGGAGAUGUUCCAUUUACCCUGAAGCCAGCUGGUGAAACAGCACUCCCACCCCUGCCUGCAGAUGAAGCGUUCGACAGGAACAAGAAAAAAUACUUCCUGCACACUUCAGCCUUGCUGGACUACGAGGCAACAAAAGAGUACAGUGUGACCAUUGUGGCAGUAGAUUCUGGCAGCCCCAGUUUAUCCAGUAACAGCUCUUUGAUGGUGCGAGUAGUAGACAUUAAUGACCAUGCUCCAACCUUUGCUCAGAACAUUGUGGAGGUCCACUUUGCUGAGAACAACUCACCUGGUGAAAGGGUAGUCACUGUAGUAGCAACAGAUGCAGACAGUGGGAAGAAUGCUGAAAUAGCAUAUUCCCUGGAUCCAACUUCUAACGGACCGUUUUACAUCGAUGCAGACAAUGGGGACAUCCGUGCUACCGGGGUUCUGGACCGAGAACUUCAAGAAAGAUAUGAACUGCGAGUUAUUGCAAAGGACAAAGGUGCACCCCCUCUGCAAGGUUCUUCGACUGUUGUUGUCCAGGUGACUGACCGCAAUGACAAUGCACCAAAGUUCGUUCAGGAAAUCUUCACAUUCUACGUCAAGGAGAACCUUCUCGCCAACAGUCCAGUUGGGAUGGUCACAGUGACCGAUGCUGAUGAAGGUGAGAAUGCAGAGCUUAGCUUGUUUGUAGAAGUGAAUGGAGCUGAAACAAAAGCAGCAGGAGUGGAUGGAGAAGACGCUGAAAAAGAACGAGAAGAGGUAUUCUCCAUCGAAAACAACACUGGAACUAUUUUCUCCUCUGCGUCAUUUGACCGUGAAAAGCUUUCCACCUACACUUUCCGUGUGCGAGCUGUAGAUGGAGGUGAGCCCCGCAAAACUGCCACAGCCACAGUUUCACUUUUUGUGACAGAUGAAAAUGACAAUGCGCCCUCUAUCACCUCCCCUGCCAACGAGUCCUACACCCUUCUACCACCUGCCAGCAGCGCUCGCACCAUCGUUAGGACCGUAACGGCCAUCGACUCAGACACAGGUCCAAAUGCUGACCUCCGCUAUGCUUUAGUAGGAGGAAAUCCCUUCAGACUGUUUGAAAUUGGACACACAAAUGGAGUUAUCACCCUGGCAGAGCCUCUGGAGCGGCGCCACAAAGGUCUGCAUCGCCUAGUUGUCCGAGUCAAUGACAGCGGCAUCCCUUCACUCUGUGCUACAGCUCUGGUUCACGUCUUCAUUAAUGAGAGCUUGGCUAAUGCCACCCUUGUGGAUGUGCAGGUGGCCCGGAGCCUGAUGGCUCCACUGUCAAUGGACAUCGCUGGAGACCCAGAUAGUGAGCGGGCCCUGGGAAAACAGCGCCUCAGCGUUGCCAUCGGUGUCCUGGCCGGAGCAGCGGCGGUCAUCCUGGUUAUUCUGCUUGUGGUCACAGCUAGACAGUGCGGUGCUCAGGGUAAGAAUGGUUACGAAGCUGGAAAAAAGGAGCCAGAGGAGGACUUUUUCAGCCCUUCAGGGGCUCAGCCACAGGUCAGCCGAUGUGGGGGAUCAGACCGUGGACGUAAACCUCGACGAGAUAAACGCACUGGAGGUGGCGGAAUGGCUGGAGGUGGAGGGAAGUCGGACAGAUCUCUCUAUAGCGGCAUCGUCACAGUCAACGGUCUGCGUCGCCAUGGCAAUGAUGACGAGGAAGAAGAUCUCAGCAGUGCCAGUGAGCGCCUGGCAGCCCGCUACUGUGCUGUGGACGGUGACCCUGGCAGCCCACGAAUGGGCGGCGGAAGGAGACACCAGUCAAGCCCUGAUCUGGCCAGACAUUACAAAUCCAGCUCACCUCUGCCUGCAGUCAACCUGCAGCCCCACUCGCCCCCAGCAGAGGGGAAGAAACACCAGGCAGUCCAGGAGCUGCCUCCCUCCAACACCUUUGUGGGCAGUGGAUGUGUGGGGAGUGCCGGCUCCAGCAGCAGCAGCACUGGGGGUAGUGGCAACGCUGACGCCAUGUCUCUGGGAUCUGACCAGUGCUCAGAUUACAGCUGCCAGACUGGAAACAAGUACAGCAAACAGGGGACCCUUCGUCGAGUGACCUUCUCGGUCAUGAGCCAACCCCAGGAUGUCGGUUGCUAUGACAGCGGCCUAGAAGAUUCCGAGACGCCGAGCAGCAAGAGUUCGUCUGGGCCACGACUCGGAGUGCUGCCGCUUCCCGAGGAGGGCUACGAGAGAACCACACCGGAGGGCAGCGUGGGCGAAGAGGAGCACGUGGAGAACGAUGCCAGACAGCUGCCAGAUGUUACUCUGACAGGAAAGUGCACCAGAGAGUGUGAUGAGUUUGGCCACUCGGACACAUGUUGGAUGCCCGUCCGCCCGUCACCACGGCAGCGCCAGCGGCAUGGUAGUGACCCUCCCCGACUCUCAACCUUCGCCCCGGGAGAUGACAACAACAAUCUCCGUGGUAACGACCGUGAGAGUGACAGCGAGAGCGCUGGCAGUGCGGGGAGCUCAGAACCAGGCGCGGUGGUCAGCGGAGAAGGUCAGAGGUUACCUUUAGUCAACGGAGACCCUCUUGGCACACUGGGUCGUGGAGACCGCAACAGAAACAUGGGCGAUCACAACCGCAACCUUCUGAAUCGUAAAAUGACUUCAGCUUCCUACGACACCUUCAGCGGGGCCAGCCUCGGGCGGCGCCAGCCGGAGGAGGAGGGAGGAGAAGGCCAGAACCCCCCAGAGGUCAUACCACUGGCGCGAACAGGAGGGGACUACAAGACGACGUCCUGCCUGACUUUGUCACGCCGUGAGGUCUACCUGUGACGGCCCCUUGGUGGAGCAAUCCACCAACACCUCCUUCCUUUGUUGGAAAAAGAGAGUUGAAACUGAACUGGCGAGUCAUCAGCAUGAUGGGCCGUUUGCCUGUGGAGAUGUGAAAAUAUCAAAUAGGAUGAAUUCCAAAAGUGAUCAUCAAACUGUUAACUUUUAGAUUCUGACUAAUAGUCGUAGGCAACUCAAACUUGGGCAACGCUCUUUGGAUCUCUCGGACUGAGAGUACUUUCUGAAAAACAUUUUUUUGUACAACUACCAAAAGCUACCUACAGGCACAGACUGUGAAUCUAAAUGGAGGAGAACAAUCUUUUCUUCUUUUUAUAUCGACUCCAGUGCAUGCCCGACCCUUUGACCGUAGAGCUAUUUAUGUGAAGAAGACUGAAAGAGAUGCUCUGGGCGCAUCUGAGGCAACGGCGGUAAAUCAUCUGCAAAGAAAAACUGCUGAGGUUUCUUUCUGCUGAUGCAAACGGAUUCUGAUGAGCAGUUUGGAUCUAAUUCAGUCAAACUUUCUAACUGUAUCCUAACAGAGGCGGGGGAACGUUAACCAGUUUCAGGAGAAUGCCUAAAUCAUAACGUGGGAAGUUUGUCCUUCAAACAACGUGACUCAAACUCAAAGACUCAUAUACAGCGAUAAGAUACUACUAUUUACAAGGUUCUCAUUGAGUUUCACCAGUGCCGGAAUAUUCUUCCUUGUGCAGCGGUGUACGUUUGUCAUUUUCCCUUUAGACCCAGUCUGUAUGUAUAUAUCGUAUGUGUGUAUUUGAUAAAUGCAGCUGUGAUCGUUUUCGGAGCAGACAGAGAUCAUUACACACUAACAGUGCUUAUAUGAUUACACACACACACACACACACACACACACACACACACACACACACACACACCUGGAAGCAUGCAAACACACAAACAUUAGCAUGUUAACGCUAACUCAUGCAGCGGAGACUCAGCACACAACCUGCAUCCAUGAAAACUUCUGCACACAUCAAUACACACAAGCUACACUCAAAACGCCUGUUAAGAUGCUCGGUUCAUCUGUGUGUGUGUGUGUGUGUGUGUGUGUGUGUGUGUGUGUGUGUGUGUGUGUGUGUGUGUGUGUGUGUGUGUGUUUUGUUUGAUGACAUGCUGCCUUAUUAAACUAGCUGUAACAUUUUGCCUGCUCCUUCUCCAGCCAGCAUUUAAACAUGAAAUGUAUUUAAAUAAUUACCCACCUCUCUGACAGAUCUGUAGGGCAACAUUAAAGAGAAUUUCAGUGACAUCCACUUUAAGGGUUCAUAGGAAAUGUUGGGCGAAGGAGAUUUUCUGCAUAAUGUAUGUUAAAAAUGAAAUCUUUCAAAUCUCUCAGAGAAAAGGAAGGAAAAUAGACUGCAUGAUAGAAAGAUAAUGCAAACUUGUUUUCGCUCUUGUUUUUAAAGAAAAACAUCAUGCUUUUUGGAGCAGCAUGACUAUUUGGAUAAGUUUGUAGUGGAGUGGCGCGAGGGAAAGGAGACAGAGAUGAAGGAUGGGGAAUUAGCUUCAGUGGAGUGCCAGAGGCUGCAACUUAAUAAAAAACACACACAUUGUUGCAGAAGCUUAGCGUUCUGCUGCCACUCGUUUCACCGUGCAGCGCCGACCUGAGCACGCCCAAACUGAAGCGCGGUGAUAACAAGACUCCUUCACAUUCGCCCUUCCCACCAGCGACUGCUACACGACUUCAGACACACUCCGCUGCAUUGUGCUGAGGAGUGGGCGUGGAUCGAGGCCAACGCAUCUUAAUUCCCACCGUCGGUGCGCGUGUGUGGCUCAGCGGUGCGAUAGGGAUAAUAGGGUUAGGUCGUCCCUGCGGUCUUAAUGAGUUUCCUUUCUCCUCUCUCGUCUCCGUUCUUGAUCUGCACUGAUCUCAUUAACGUCUGGAUGGGCAAGUGUAACUCCACGGCAAACUGCCAGCAAGCGCGUCUCGUGUUUUCAUCUGGUUGUUUUGAAUCAGACCCGAGUAAAGAGGCGUCCUUGUUAGGAUGGUGGGAAUAACGAGCAAGCGGCCAGCUCAGGUGCGCAGUAGUGUUUAACCUGCUCUCACUGCUGCGGCUGCUUGGCUGACGGAUGAGAGGAAAAGAAGUAGUAAUCAUGACGCCUCCUCACCUUUAGAGAGGGGGUAAUCAGGCUGAGAGAUGCUCUAUUUGUGUAAUCACACCUUGUAAACCUGUAUAUACUUUAAACUCUACUACUCUGUGAACAAUCCUAAGCUUUGAGCCCACUGAUGUGUUUACUCCCUUAGUCUCCAGUAUCUUUCACCAUGGCUGUUCGCUGAGCUCUGUUUUUGAUGGACUGUAAUGAGGAUGUACCAAAAAAAUGAGUAAGCUUUGUGGAAUUUCUCUCUUCUGCCAGACUUGCUGAAGCAUCUUGCUCUCUGAGAGACACAAAGACACAUUCUCUGGGAGGAAAAAGAAAAAACAGUUUUGUCAUGAAGAAGAGCAAGGAGAACCUGUGAAGUUUUGUUCAGAAAGACUCUUGAAGCAGCCCCGCCUCUUUACAGCGGCACAUAUCUUUUCAAACUGCUGUUAUAUGGCAGGACCACGAUGGCACCUUUCAAACCCUCAAAUCUGGAUUUAAGGGGACUUGAUGUACAUGAAUUUCUCUUUUAUACUGCACGUUUAAACAUGAAAAUCUUUUAGUCUGCUGCAAAAACAAAGAGGGAAAACAGUGUCCGCUUUCAGAUCCACUAAUUAAGACAUUUUUACAAAGAGACACUUGAGUGGACAUCAUGUCCCUGCUGCUCUCCUCUGUGUUUGUCCUCGCCUUGUACAUAUAAAACUACACUGUAGAGCAGACUACUGAAAACUGUAACAGACUACGGCAUGCUUAAGGUUCAACUCUGCACUCGAGAAGAAAAAGAAAAAACAUUUAAAAAAAAGAAUGUUUUAUUUCUUUUGUUUUGUUUCUUCAUAAAGGGGACUGGCUCUGUUUUUUUUUUUUUGUUUGUCUUUUUUUGUUUGUUUUUGUUUCUUGCUUUUUUGUUGUUUUUUUCUUUGUUUUUUUGUUUUUGUUUUUUUUGUUUCUUGCUUUUUUGUUUUGUUUUGUUUGUUUUUUGUUUCUUGCUUUUUUUUUUUUUUUUUGUUUCUUGCUUAUUUUGUUUUGUUUACAUUUUUCUUUUAGCGGCUCCCUUCCUGUAAUUACAUAAUGAACUGAUUGCAUUUGCUUUGAUGAAGAUGAAGAGGAGCAAAUGAAAGGUUUGGUAUGAAAAGGAAUCAUGUAAAGUUUGACUUUGGCAUUAAAAACUUCAAACAAUCAAA